AUGUGGGGGUUGGGGGGGAAAUUCAGAGGGGACUGUGGAGCGCGGCCGGACGCGGGCUGCUCACGGCCCAAUGGCUGCUUUUCGGAGCCGAAGGUCGGGGACUGUAGAAAGGAGGAGCGGAGAAGGAGAAGGAGGAGAGCACGGCCUGGCUGGGACAGAAGCGGUGGGACCCUGGGAGGCCUCUGCUGUGCCCGUGCCGCGCUCCUCGGGGCCAGCGCGUCGCACACAAAGGGGCUGGCGAGCCAGAGCCACCGGCGGCCUCGGGGUACCGUGGGGAGCGCGCAGCGAGGGGGCGCUGUGGCGCACCCCGCCCCGCAGCCCCGGAGCCCCGCCCCCGGCCCGCCCUGGCCCCACCCCACUCCCACCGCCCCCUCCGCUGCCGUCCCCACCCCAAUCUCCGCGACCCUCACACUGCCCCUUGGCUAUUUCCCACCUCUAUCACUGUGCUCCCCUCCCUACUCCCGGCCCGUAGUGGAGGUGACUUUCCUACGCAGCGCCGCUCCUGAGGGCCGAGAACCCACAGGGAGUGCGACCCCUCUGCACGCUGUGAGUGGGCAACGUCCGAGGGACUCGAGCCGAUCGAAGGUUGAGGAGCCGCUCGCCUGGGAGUGGACGGCCUGGAAGAGCCGCCCCUCUUUGAUUUUUCUCUCCUGCCUGCAGUCCGCACCCUUCCGAGAUUCGUGCCCCACUGGACGGUUUGCGAAGGCUGAGGCUGCCUUGGGGACUCACAAAAGGCCACAGGGCAGGACGCCCUAUAGUGCUCCUGGCGGUCCACGAUAGACUUGGAGUCCUCCUCCUCAUUUCUCCGGUCGAGCACCAGGCAAAUACAAGCAGAGAGACCCGGAAAAAAAAUUAUGAAGACAGCAUUAAUGAUAAAAUUAACAUGGCUGAGUGGAUUGUCAAUGCAAGUUCCUUUACUAACUCUUUGUUAAGUUUUGCUUUGUACUCCUUACAUCCUCUUUCUCUUAAGCCAUUUUUUAAAUUUCUUCUCGUUAUCAUUUUUAAAAGUAGCAAAUACAGCUUUCUUCCUACCUUCACGAUUGACAUGAUGGAGGUUGGGUUGCAAAGAGGAAGCAGUAAGAAAAAUUAAUUCUUCUAUACAUUCACAAGUCCUUCAAGACACAAAGUAAAAGAAAUAGAAAAUGUGUCCUUUCUCCUAAUAAAGGUCUUUAUAAUGAAAUUUAAAUGAAGUUUUGUGUUUCGUAACAUCAGCUUUCCGAAUACUAUUGUAGAUACUAAAAUGUGCCUAUAUGUAUUUCCUUCCACAAUAAUAAUAAUAAUAGUAAUAAUAAACUUUUUAGGUUCAAAUUAAA